GGUGGUGGGGACGAGCCCAGGAGGGACGGGGAGAAAGAGAAGAAGUGGAGGAAUGCGGGUAUGAGGCAGCGAUGGAUGGCUGGCUGGCUGGUUGGAUGGAUGGAAUGAUGGAUAAGGCUGGAGGCAGCGGGGGAAGGAUGGGGAAAAGGAAAAUCGGAGAAAGAGCAGGGCGGGGAACGAGGGCAAUGGAAACGGGGAGGGAUGGCCGGGAGGUGGAGGGGUGGGAGGACAGAGAUAGGGACGGAGGGAUGGGAAGAGGGACGGGGAGAAGAGGGGAGGGGGCUGUCGGGGAGGGGGGUGCCGGGGCGGCGCUCGGGGCCGCUGUACAAAUAGGGCGGCUGCGGGUGGCCCGGGCAGACAUGCGGGUCCCGCUGCGCUCCGUGCCCGCGCUGGCGCUCUGCGCCCUCGCCCUGCUCCGCCUGGGCUGCGCUCCGAGCCGGGCGCUCACCUGGGCACCCACGGGAGCGUCCCCCCGGGCGCUCACCUGGGCACCCACCGGAGCGUCCCCCGGGGCGCUCACCUGGGCACCGGCCCGCGCCCCGCCGCGCUGUCCCCCGCUGAUGCUGCAGCUGCUCCGCGCCCCUCCCGCCCCGCUCCGCGCCGCCGCCGCCGCCGCUCUCAGCCUCUCCCCGCACGGCUCCCUGCAGAACGGCUCCCGCUGGGCGCUCUCCUUCGACAUGUCCUCGCUGUCCAGCAGCCAGGAGGUGAGCCUGGCUCAGCUCCGCGUCCGCCUGCCCGGCCUCUCCCGCUCCCGCAACGUCUCCCUGGACAUCUACCACAGCCAGCGCCGCAGGUGCCGGCCGCACGGGGCCUGCGCCCACCAGCUCUUCCUGGGCACCGUGGCUGGCAUUCCCUCUGCCGCCCAGGCUUCUUGGAAAGUGUUUGAGGUCACCAACCUGCUGCGGGCCUGGCUGCACCAAGCGGCGCUGGGCGCGCACCCCGCGGGCACGGGGCAGUGGGAGCCGAGCGCUGCCCCCGCCACGCCGAGACACAGCGCCCACGGGGAGCCAGCCCUGCCCCAGGACGUGGCCGACAGCGUCCUGCUGCUCGUCUUCUCCAAGGACAAGUCUCCCGGGGAGCACAGCCUGAUCAGGACGGCGGAGACCUCCAAGUACAUCAUGCGCGACAGCGGCGCGCAGGGCGCGGGGGCGCGGCGGCAGCGCAGGAACAGGAGGGACCGGCAGAGGAUCAAAGCCGCGGCCGCCCCGCGGGAGCAGGGCCGCUCCCUGUGCCGCAGGGUGGACAUGGUGGUGGAUUUCGAGCAGACGGGCUGGGGCGGCUGGAUCGUCUACCCCAAGAAGUACAACGCGUACCGCUGCGAGGGGCUGUGCCCCUCGCCCGUGGAUGAGACCUUCAAGCCCACCAACCACGCCUACAUCCAGAGUUUGCUGCAGCUCUACAAGCCCAACCAGGUGCCGUGCCCCGCCUGCUCGCCGGUCAAGAUGAGCCCCCUCUCCAUGCUCUACUACGAGAGGGGCGAGGUCGUGGUCCGCCACCACGAGGACAUGAUCGUCGAGGAGUGUGGCUGCAACUGAGGCCGAGCUCUGCCCCGCCAGGAAGGCGCAAAUCUGUGCCCAGAAGGACCCAGCAGCACAGGGCAGGGUGUCUCUGAAGCCCUGCGGGCUGGCACAGCCCUGGCUGGACCUGGGGAGGAGCGGGUGCCCGGCAGCAAUGCUGCACUGCACGGCCACAGAGCCUGGCUGGAUCCAGGCUGCAGGUGGGAAAGGCCACCAGGCACCUCCCUGUGGCACCAGGGGCAGCUCUGGGGUGGUGGUGCCCCGUGCUGUGCUCCCCAAGGAGCUGGAGGGUGCUGUGUGUGGGACGGAGGCAGGGCUGGGGCAGGGCAGCUGCUCCCUGCCACCACACGGCUCAGGCAACGGGAAUUCCCAGCCGUGGGAAUCAUCAAGGAGCCACGGGUUCUCAGGGCCCUGGCCAUGCUGAGCAUACACACCACGGGGAUUUUCAAUCUCUUCUGGAGUUCAGGCGUUUCUCCUAAGAAUUCUGUUAUAUUUCUAUUAAAACUGUCAGAUUUCUAU